CUGCAUGCUGCGGCAGAUCUAAUGCCGGUUGACUCAUUGUGCCAAUAGAAAUCUCACGAUACAGUACACUGACUUAAAUACCAACAUUUUUUGAAAUUUAAAAUUAGAACGAUUAUAAGUAAUUCGAAAUUUCACAGAUUAUUAAACAGACAUUGCUGAUUUACGAUUCCCAUAUUAUAUAUUGUUUUCUAAGGAAUAUAUUUUUCAUAGCAUGAUUUAAUUUUGUUUUAAAUAUAUUUAUUAAUCUGCCGUGAUAUUGUGAAGUGUUCGUAGUAAAAAUGUUCACAAUCUUGAUAACCACGUUCCUCUUCUGGAGGGGAUGUUACGGAGUCAUUUAUAAUUUAAAUGACACAGAGUACGAGAUGAUGCCGCCUCUGUUCAAGCUGGACGAGUAUGCGCCGUGCAUCUCUGAUCCCGGGGGACUGUACUGCGUGGUCGACAUAGAUCUAUUCUCACGGCACAAUUCAAGCCUCAUGCGUAUGAUACAAGGCUACUCAGAGUACCGCAUAAAGCACUACAAUCAUUCACAAAUCCAUCGUGGAAUUUGCGUCACAAGAACUUGUAGACACAAUACCACUGACCUAACCAGGACCGUACAGGAGUGUGCCAACGAAUCCCUCUGGGAGAACUACAAGAUCGAAGGGAGGGUCAACAUACAAUACUGCAAGGGAGGAGAGAGGCCUGCGUUGGAUAAAAGCGACUUGGUUGUAGCGCUUGUUUAUUUAGUAUUGAUAAUAUUGAAUAUUACGGGAAGUGUGUAUGAUGUCGUGGCUUGUAAGGAUGGUGGGAAAGGAAAUCCAUAUUUGCUAGCGUUUUCAUUGAAGCGCAACUGGGCAAGGCUGGUGGCAGCGGGGGGUAAAGGAGACGACCCCAGAUUUGAGAGAUUGAAAUUAUUUCAAGGAAUAAGGACUAUUACUAUGGUGCUGGUGAUCUUCUCUCAUACCGUGCUCAUCAUGGCGUACUCCUAUGUGGACAACCCACAGUUUAUUGAGAGGUCUUAUGAAGAUCCGCUAAAACAGUUGUUGUUCAACGGAAGCCUAGUGACGCACAGCUUUUUCGUGAUGUCCGCAUUCCUGCUCGCCUACAACUUCCAGAUAUACAAUGAAAAACACAAAACCUCCUGGGUUCACUUCCCGAAAGGCAUCCUGCUCAGAUGGCUCAGACUGACCCCCACAUACGCUCUGAUGCUGGCCACGAUAGCCACCCUCAUGAGGCACCUGGGUGACGGCCCGCUCUGGGAGCACGUGGUGACGAGCGAGGCCGAUGCCUGCCGCUCCUACUGGUGGGCGCAUCUCCUCUUCAUCAACAACUAUGUUUAUGAUGACGCGUUCUGUCUACCGCAGACUUGGUAUCUAGCAGCAGACACACAAAUGUUCUGCGUGGGCUUGCUGGUGUGCGUGAUGGCGCGGGGACCUAAGGCCCGGAAAGUAGCCCUCAGCGUGCUGUUCUGUUUGUCUCUCAUCAUUCCAGCUCUACAAACUUACUACCAGGACCUCAACGCGGUGGUCAUACAGUCGCCAGAGUCUUACAGAAACCUCUACGCUCACGAUCACACAUUCCGCCUACUCUACAGCAGAGGGCACACAAAUCUGUCCACAUACACCAUCGGCCUGGCCGGAGGGUACCUCAUCUACUCCUGGCAGAAGGAAGGCAGAAACUUCGAUAAGGUUAAGAAAUACCCGUGGGUGAUCUGGCUGCUGUUCCCUUUGGGAGUGGGGAUCAUCCUGAGCGGCGGGCUGUUCUAUAUCGACGGCAUAUCGCUGCAUCCCGCGUGGAUAGUGCUGUAUGCUGCUUUAUACAAGCCACUGUUCCAGCUUUGCAUCAUCUGGCUCACUUGGGGAUGCAUCUUUAAGAUCGAGUCUAUAUACCGCGGCAUCCUGGAAUGGCGAGGGUUUACGUGGACCGGCCGCGUGUCCUACAGCGCCUUCUUCACGCACACACUCUUCCAGCGGGGACUGAUAGGGAUCCAAACCGUUCCGUCCCACAUCACAGAGUAUGGCGUGAUGUGUUUCCUGUGUGCGUCGCUGUUCCUGUCGUUCGUGACGGGCGCGGCGCUGUGGCUGUGCGUGGAGGCGCCCGCCGCGGCGCUGGUCCGCGCUACUCUGACGCCGAAGGUCUCCAAGAGUCUUGAGGCAGGCGAAAACCGCAAUAGCAAAAUGUAAUAAAGGGUGAUUGUGCUG